UAUAUCAAAAAGAUAUAUAUAUUUUUUAUUAUUAAUAAAAAUUUGUGAUAACUUAUUAAAAAUAUUUCAAGAGAGAAUGAACUAAUUAGCUAAAUUUUUCUUUAAGAGUGCAAUUAAAAGUAGUAGAUAACCUUUCUAAUUGACCCAAAAAUCUAUUAGAAACUUUUCUUCUAUGGAAUAAUUGAAAAAGUUAAGAGAUGAAACUGGUUCACCAAUUGCUUAAGUUAAGAAAGCUCUUGACGAAUUUGGUGGAGAUUUUGAAAAAGCUAAGUAAUUCUUGAUUGAAAAAGGUUUGGCUUCAGCUCAAAAGAAAUUAGAUAAAGAAACUAGAGAAGGUGUUAUUGGAUUAUAUGUUUCUUAGAACAGAGACCUUGCAGUUAUUGGUGAAGUUAACUGUGAAACUGACUUCGUUGCAAGAAGUGAUUUAUUCCUUGAUUUCGUUCAUUCUACUUUAAAAACUAUUGUUGACUAAAAGAAGAACGUGAAGUUCAAUGAUGAAUAAAAGGAUCAAAUUCUUUAAUUCUUAUAAAAUAACACUCUUAACAAGGAGAUCAUUGAAGGAACAAAAAAUGAAAAUAUGGAUAAAGUUAGAUAGUUAGUUAUUUCUAAAUUAUAAGAAAAUAUCAACGUUAGAAGAGUUAGUACUGUAGAAAUUUAAAAUGGUGUUAUUGGUUCUUAUACUCACAACACAUUAGCUGAUAACAUUGGAGCUAGAGCUUGCUUAGUCUCUUUAGAGGGAGCUAACUCCUCUGAUGUUUCUAAAUAAUUAGCAGACAAUAUUGCUCUCUAAAUUUUAGGUAUGAAGCCAGAUUACAUUACUAAAGAAAAUAUCCCUGCUGAUGUUCUCCAAAAAGAAAUAGAUAGAAUUAAAGCUGAAUUCGGAGAUAGCUUAAAGGGUAAACCUUAAGCUGUUGUAGAUAGAAUGAUUGAAGGAAAGCUUAAAAAAUUCUAUGAAGAUAAUGUCCUUUACGACCAAACAUUACUUACUGACCAAGAAAAAGAUGCAAAAACUAUCGGCUAAUUAAUUAAUGAAUAAUGCAAGCAACAAAACUCCUAAAUUAAAAUAAAAGAAUACAUCCUUUGGACUUGCAAAUGAAUAGAAAAAUACAAACAUAACCUUAUUUAUAGUGUAUUUCUAUAAUUUAUAUUAAAAAUGUAUUAAUUUCUAACACAUUCCUAUGAAAAAAGCUUAUUC